AUGCAAGGACCAGUGACUAAUAACCAAAUUACUGAGGAACACCAUGAUGUUCAAAAUCCAGCUAUAAAUGGGAACGACCAGGAUUCAAGUCACCCUGAUGAGAAUCAUGCUGGCAACAAACAGGAACAUGGAAACGCACCAUUAGAUUCAAGUUUCCCUGAUUCCCAUUCUGUAUUUACAGACUUUGUGUCGUUACAAGGAUUAAAACAUGAUGUGACGUUAUCUACAGAUACCUCGGGAUCUUCCGAGGUUUACGAUGAUUCUGAGGAACAGUUAAUACUAGUGUUGAAGUUGGGCAGUGUUAAACAUAUGAAACAGUUUUUACGAUUACGAUAUUGGAUGGUUGAUCAUGAAAUACGUGAAUCUUUAUGGUUGAAUCUCUGUCGAUACCUCCACAAAGCAGACGGGGAUAUUUAUGAAGAAAUUGUUCAAGAACUUUUCCCUGAUGACAAUAUACAAGAUAUAGCUCUACCAGGUUUUAUAGACCACGCUCAUCUAACACCAUAUUACCUGACUAAUGAUGGUAUACGGGAAGUAGCCAAGAUAUUAGCUGUAUUAAACCAUAUGAACCCUGAUAUUACCUACUGUCCCCCAGUAUUCUCACUAGCUUGUCUCUUUCUACAUUAUAUGAAUUCUAAUGAAUGUUUUAACUGUCUCUAUGGUCUGUUACGUUGUAAAGAUAUGACCUAUCUAAUGCAGACCAAGGUGGCUUGGAAUGCUUCAAAAUUAGUCUUCAGGGAUUUGGCCAAAAAACAUGCAAAAUCAGGUUAUACAUUUAUAUUAAGACAGACAUCUAAUAUUGAUAGUGUAUUUGAUAGAUGGAUUUGGUGGAUAUUUUCUGAUUUACCAUUUGAAUUUGUUGUUAAAAUUGUUGAUUGUUUCCUACUGGAAGGUGUAAAAGUGUUAUAUCGUGUGGCUCUAGCUGUAUUGAUAUUAUAUACCAAAUAUAACAGUAAAGUGAGUGGUCAACAACAAGUAUUUGGUUCCAAUCAUUCCAGUAAUAUAAAACAUUUCUGUGAAACCAUGCCAUCAUGUAUCAGUAUUACCAAAUUACUCAAGGUAGCCUUUGGUAUUCGUGGUUUAACAAGAAAAGAGAUAAAGAAAUUACAAGUUAAAAAUGAAAUGUAUGUCAAUAGUAAAGCUGUAUUAUCAAAUCAUGAAAUCUCCAGAAGUCAAUCUCAUCGAUCUUUUCAUGGUGUUACACUUCCAUUGUCAAGGUCAUUCAACAACAGGACUUUAUAUGAAUUCUCUAUUCUAUUCCAGAUACAUCUAAUAUGGAGUUGGUUACCACCCCGUCUAGCUGUUUGUCAACCUACGUUACUAUAUACAUCAGAGGAACAUGGUACUAGUUUACGUACACUAUAUAGUAAAGUAGAGGAUUAUCAUCAAACUAUUAUAGUUAUACAAACUACAGUAGGAGAGAUUUUUGGAGCGUUUUGUUCAGCUUCCUGGUGUGAGAGAAAAUCUAGUAAUAAAAACUUGUCGUAUUUUGGAACUGGUGAAACGUUUGUAUUCUCUCUGUAUCCUAAGAAAGAGAAGUAUGAAUGGGUUGGUAUAUUAAAUGAAGAUAUUAAGAGGACAGCUAGUAUGUUUCUAGCAGGAGAUAACUCUGUUAUGACUAUUGGAGGAGGAAGUGGUGAGGCGAUACAAUUAGAUGAAAAUCUAGAACAUUGUCGUUCUGAGAGAUGUGAUACUUUUGAAAAUGAGGCUUUAUGUGCUACGAAAGACUUUACAUGUAAAGUAGUGGAGGUGUAUGGAUUUGAAUAA